GAGGUGCAUGCCCUCCUGUCUUGUACUAUCGCUCCUGGUUUGAUAGAGCUUCGCCGAACGUUUGUUGCCGGCACCCAUCCUUUAUGUCCCAUUUUAAGCAACGCAUGGGGAUAUCUUGCUGUCGAUGACUGGUUGGCAUGCCUCCUACAAUUGCCAGUGUUGGGGGCUUGAUUGGCACAAUGUGUAUUGUGUACUGGAGAUAUUCAGAACUACACCUGUAUAUAUUCCUCCACAGAAGCUUUGGUCACAUAGCUAAUCGUAAUAGUACAUUUUUUGCUGGGCGUAGAACUCUUGUGAGGCCUAUUGUGAGAACGUUGAACCUUACACUCUUCCCUCGGUCCCUGUGGCAGUGAAUGUCGCUGUACAUGGCAAAAGUCGACCCUUACCUCAUUGCGGGAUGCGAGAUCGUUCUCGACGUCGAUUUGGCAGUAUCAGGAGAACUUCGACACGUCUCCAGUGCGUUUCUGCGACACUUGCUUAGCGUGCACUCCAAAACCGUGUUGGCAUUCAUACAUGCUGAGACAGGAGUGGUCCCGCUGUAUUUUCGGCGCCUGAUCCUUGCCCUUCGUUAUCUCCGAUAUCUCUUAGGUCUAUCGGAAGAUCACUAUGCGCGUCUUGCAUUGGAGGAAGCCAUUAACUUGCGGAUAAAUCGGGCACCUUCCUGGUUCGGUGACCUUCAACGUGUGCUUGCACGUCUCGCCCCCAACCUUCAUAUUGAGGGGUGCUCCAUCUCAGAAUGGAGGAUCACAGAGUUGAUUGAAGCGGUAGAGGCUACCUAUCUUAACGGUAUUAAUAACGAGAUUGAGUCUAGGGUUAAAGGUGCCAUCAUACGCCUAUCCAUGAAACACAUUUCUGGUGUUGAUGGAUUGCACCCCCGUCGAAAGACCAUAGCUCGCCGUGCCUAUCUCACAACCUUGAUCCCUGCUCAUCGCAAAGCUCUCACACGUCUAUUCUUAUCCUCUCAUAUCCUUGCUGUCGAGGUCCUGCGCUGGACAGAACGUUAUCGCCCCAAGAUCCCGCGUGAGUGGCGUUUAUGUCGUUUCUGCAAGGUUACCGUAGAGGACGAGGUACAUGCCCUCCUGUGUUGUACUAUCGCUCCUGGUUUGAUAGAGCUUCGCCGGGCGUUUCUUGCCGAUGCCGAUGCAUUAUGUCCUAAUCUAGCCAAUGCUUGGGGACGUCUUGCCGUUGACGACCGGUUGGCAUGCCUCUUACAAUUGCCUAUCUUGGAGCCUCGAUUGGCGCAAUAUGUGUAUCAUGUAUUGGAGAUAUUCGGAGCUACACCGGUGUAUAUUCCUCCUCAGACGCUUUGGUCACAUAGCUAAUUGUAAUAGUACAGUUCUACCGGGCAUGGGUUUUGGUUAGGCAUACUGUGAGAACAUUGAACGUUACAUUCCUCCCCCGGUCCCUGUGGCAGUAUCAAACCCGUGAGAUGUUCGCCAGUUCGCAGCUGGGGAAUAUCACAGCGGCACGGUAUUGCUAUGGUCUGUGACACGUUUCGUGGCGGCACAGAACCCCGGUGUUCCUUAUUGGGACCGCAUACCGGUUUUCUAAACUCUAGACUCUGACGGCCACGACGUUCACACCUCUUGUUCCGAUUUUUUCAUCAAUGACCCCUUCUCCUACUCAAUGUCAGAAACGAGGCAAGGACUUCAGACUAGGAUGAACGAUGACGCUCUUAACCUUCUCUCCCU